GCCGAGGGGCACCAGGCGACUUUUCAUUUUGUUCUGACCGCACUACGAUCCUCCGCGAUGCCGCUGCGCUGCUCUCCUGCCUCGGCUGAGGCGGGCAGCGCGAGAGACAGCGCGGAGGACGAGAGGAGGAGAGGAGGAUGCGGGUGAGGAGGCCGAAAAAACGCCCGAAACCAAAUCCUUCUGCUGAGAGCCCAUGAGCGGGCAGUCACGAUGCGAUGGGGCUCCAGACCAUAAUGGGACGGAUUUCCAUAGGAUGCUACCUGAGCUGUGGCAUCCUCGUGCUUUUCGCCUUGCGAGUCCAGGCUACCUCGAAGAGAGGGUCCAGGGGCGAGGCCCUCCAGUCCGGGACCCUCCCCCGCUUCCUGCAGGAGCCCGACGACGCCUACAUCAUCAAGAGCCACCCCAUCCAGCUGCGCUGCCGGGCCCAGCCCGCGCUGCAGAUCUUCUUCAAGUGCAACGGGGAAUGGGUCCAUCAGAGCCAGCACCUGGCCCAGGAGCACACCGACCUGGGCACCGGGGUGAAGUUCCGCGAGGUCCUGAUUAACGUGUCGCGGCAGCAGGUGGAGGACUUCCACGGGCCCGAGGACUACUGGUGUCUGUGUGUCGCCUGGAGCCACCUGGGGACGUCCAAGAGCCGCAAGGCCAGCGUCCGCAUUGCAUACCUGAGGAAGAACUUUGAGCAGGACCCCCAGGGCACCGAGGUGCCUCUUAAGGGCAUGAUCGUGCUGCACUGCCGGCCCCCAGAGGGCGUGCCAUUGGCCGAGGUAUCCUGGCUGAAGAACGACGAACCGCUGAACAUGGACACUAAGGUCGGCUCGAGAGCCGACCACAACCUCAUCAUCUCCGAGGCCCGCCUGUCCGACUCGGGCAACUACACCUGCCAGGCGAGCAACAUCGUGGCCACGCGGCGAAGUGCCAACGCCGCCGUGGUCGUUUACGUGAACGGCGGCUGGUCUCUCUGGACCGACUGGUCGCUAUGUAACGUGCGCUGUGGGCGGGGCUUGCAGAAGCGCUCGCGCACCUGCACCAACCCGGCGCCGCUCAACGGGGGGGCCCUCUGCCAGGGCAUGUCGGUACAGAAGAGCACCUGCAACACAAUCUGUCCAGUGGACGGCGGCUGGGGCCCGUGGAGCCUGUGGACGGCGUGCGGCGUGGACUGCGGGCGCCAGCGGAGCCGGGACUGCGCCGAGCCCGAGCCGCGGCACGGGGGCCGGCCCUGCGACGGUCCCGGGCUGGGGGCCGACAACUGCACCGGGGGCCUCUGCAUACAGAAUGGAAAUCUGCUUCAUGACAUCAAGCCACAAGAGGUGGAGAGCAGCAGUGACGUGGUGCUGUACUCUGGGCUGAGUGCGGGGGUCCUGACGGUGGUGGUCCUGAUCGUGGUGGUCACUCUGUACCGGAGGAGCCACAGCGAGUACGGCGUGGACGUCAUCGACUCCUCCGCCCUCACCGGCGGCUUCCAGUCCUUCACCUAUAAGACGUCCCGCCAAGUGUGUUCAGGAAACCCCCUGCUGAUCAACUCGUCCAUGCAGCCUGACCUGAGCGGGUCGCAGACCUACACCAGCCCCAUGUGCUUUCAGGACUCCAUGGACAAGGAGCUGAUGGCCGACCACUCCCUGCUGGACCCGCUGCCCGACAUCAUGGUCAAAGGGAAAGGGGUGAUGGCCGAGUACCACGUGAUGUCCCAUCCCAGGACCUUCCCGCGGGGCGUGGCGCCGGACUACCAGGGCGUGGGCGUAGACGCAACGCUGGGCCGCAGGGGGAAGACCCUCUUCAUCCGGCACGGCCUGCCCCGGCCUCCUCCCCCUCCUCUUCCUCCCCCGCUGAAGACCACCAGGGUGCUGGGCCACGCCGGAGGAAGGCUGGUCGUACCCAACACUGGCAUUAGCCUGCUGGUGCCCCGCGGAGGGAUAGCUGAAGACACGAGCUGGGAGAUGUACAUGAUCAUCAACCAGGAGGACAGCAGCACGGCGCCAGAGGAGGAGGACGAGGUCCUGCUGAGCCCGGAGGUGACCUACGGCCCCCCGGGGCUGGACCUGUCCUGCCCUGUUGCUCUGUCGGUGGCGCACUGCGCCGACCUCAGCGGCCCCGCCGACGCCACCUGGGCCGUCCGUCUGAAGAGGAGGACCCCGGAGAACAAGUGGGAGGAAGUGAUGUCCAUGGACGAGGAGAGCACCUCCUGCUACGGCCUCCUGGAGGCGGAGCGGUGCCACCUGCUGGUGGGCCGCCCGGGCCGCUACGCCCUGGUGGGCCGGCCCCUGAGCCAGGCAGCCGCCAAGAGGCUGAGGCUGGCCGUGUUCGGGGGCCCCGACCUCAGCAACCCGCUGGGCUACAACCUGAGGGUGUACUGCGUGGACGACACCCCCCACGCCCUGCAGGCCGUGGCGGUGCUGGAGUGUGUGAGGGGAGGCCGUCUGCUGGAGGAGCCCAGGACGCUGCAGUUCAGUGGGGACGGCUUCAGCCUGCAGGUCUCCAUCCAGGACCUCCCACAGCUCCUCUGGAGCAUCAAGCCCUUUACCACCUGCCAGGAGUUCUCAUUCGCCCAGGUGUGGGGCCGGGACCACCACCCGCUGCAGUGUGCCUUCUCCUUGGAGUACCUCGGCCCCCCGCCCACGCCCCCAAAGCUCUCCUGCAAGAUCAGCGUACGGCAGGUCAAAGGUCGCGAGCAGAUCCUCCAGGUUUACACCUCGGCGGCAGAGCAGAGUGAAAAGGGACCGAUUCCUCUCUUCCCCCCAUCCCACUGUCCCCUCACCUCCGAGUCGGAGUCAACCGCCUUCAAGAUCCCCCCGUCCAUCCAUCAGCGCAUCUGUGCCACCUUCGACUCGGCCAACUCCAAGGGCAAGGACUGGCAACUGCUGGCCCAGAAGCUCCACUUAGACAGGAACCUGAGCUACUUCGCCUGCCAGAGGAGCCCCUCAGCGGUCAUCCUCAGCCUGUGGGAGACCCAGCACCAGACCUCGGGGGACGUGGACUCCCUGGCCUGUGCUCUGGAGGAGAUCGACAGGGCCCCGUCACCCGGGACAUUCACCCCACUGGGGCAGGGCAGCGACCGGCCAGACUCUGGAUUCUCUUAAAACACAGAACGCCCCCGGGAGUUGGCAGGCCUUUGUAUGGUUCACAUCGGGAGGACCCAGACCCAGACCUCUGUAGGGGACUUUUAAGUUGCAUGAGCUCUGGUGAGGAUCCCAUGGUGGAGCUACGGGAGGAGGAAGAGGAGGCGCAGUAGCAGCGGUGGUGUUGGAGCCCGCCUAGCGGUUCCGCCCAGAGGAGGGGGUCCAGGAGGAGGAUUGCCGCCGUGAAGAAGACGAGAGGCUGAAAUCCUGGAGGCUUUGUUCCGCCUGCGGUGUCGGUCACUCCGAGCCGCGCAGAACAGCCACAGGAAACACCUCGAAGGAAGUGAAGGGACUCUGAGCUUCUUCACUUCGUUUUUUUGUCGAAACAAAAAGAUGCUAACCUCUGCUUAGGUCUUAAGGGAACGCCACGCUCCGACACGGUGAACGCUGGAGCAGGAAUGCAAACACAGGCCAGGUAGAGAGGGAAGUGUGGGCUUCCCUCGGGGGGCUGGGAAUACUGUUCAAGAAUCAUGUGCAUCUCGGACCGCCUAUCGCUGAGCCCCUGAGGACCGACCACACUACUUAUUUCUUGGGGGGGGGUCUGCCAAAAUCGUAGUGUUUUAUGUCCAUGGUCGUGUUCUUUUCAUUCAUGAUUUAUUGUGUUAUUCCCUGUGUUUCUAAUGUUACAAAGGCAGGUGAAAGAGUGAAAAUUGGCAAGACACACUAAUCGACUCCUCUCUGAUAUUGAGUUAAUCAAAUGGUUCAUCGGAUCAUCGAACACUAAACGGAUCACUCAGUGAAACGGAAGACCGUCAGAGAGGAUAGAUUUCUGUGAGCAGGGAUUUUGGAAAGCAUUAUAAUAUCGUCUUGCGGUAAAAAUAAACACAGUUUCUCUCAUGCACGGGAACACAUGCGUACACAAAAUGCUCUCUUUCACAAAUACAUAGAAACACACACAUACAGAAGAACAACUCUCACACAGAGAGCGACACACACACAGGAACAAAAGAACAGUUUAUCCCUCUUACAGGAAUGCACACACACACACACACACACACACACACACACACACACACACACACACACACACACACACACACACACACACACACACACACACAAUGACAGCUCUCACAUAGACAGAAACACACACACACACACACACGCGCAAACACACACACACACGCACACACACACACACACACACCACAACAACUAACUAACUCUCAGAAUACUAGUCUUACAUACAUAUCAUGUUGUUGUCGUAAAGUCGUGUACUACUGCAUAUUAUACCAUUGGGCGUCGCUUUGCUUAGGAUCUUUUUGAUCAGUACUUUUCCGUGAGUGUUUCCAUGCCAUUGCUUCGCGGAGGAACACCUUGUGCUAGCCCUCAUCAGGAUUUUACUUUAGAGGAUCACGCUCGGAUCCCCUUCCAAGAUGUGGUUUCUCCUUGGAGAUAUCGCUCCAAUUACGGUCGGAUCCCCUUCCAAGAUGUGAUUUCUCCUUGGAGAUAUCUCUCCAAUGACCUCUCUGCUCCGCCAACACACGUCCGCCCACCCCAAGGAAGGGAAGGGCCCGGUACCCCUGCAGAACCCUCUACAACUAAAUUCUAAAUCCAAUCCCCAUAUUUUAAUCCUAAAUAUACGAUAGCAAACACACCUGAAGUAUUUUAGGUUUAAAAUCUGGGAUUGGCGUCGGAAGGGGAUCCGAAUAGGGGCCAAUUCCUCUCUUCCAGCCUUCAGCCUUCAAGAUCCCCCCGUCCAUCCAUCAGCGCAUCUGUGCCACCUCGGCCAACUCCGAGGGCAAGGAGUUGAUGGCCCAGAAGACGUGUAUUGCCUCCUAUGUUGUCUCCGGGUCCACUUUAGAAAAUUAAGAUACUUUUGCGCCAUUGAUUAAUGGAUGAUGUAUGGCAAUCAUCAUUUAUUUCUAAUUCUUUCUUUAAAUAUAUAUUUUUAUAAAAAUGUAAAAGUAUUUGAGAAUUUAUAUAUAUUAUUGAAUGACAAUUGCACCCGAUCAGAAUAAGAUACUGUUUAAUCAAUACAUUCAUAUCAGCCUUGAUAAACCAUUCAAAUAUAACUCAAUGAAUGACAAAACGUUGUAUGAUAAGUUUUCAAUCCAUUAACUUAUAAUUGAUGAUUUUCUAUAGAGGAUAAUUAUUGCAAAGGUAUUUCAAAAGCUCCCCUGUCGGGAAAAAAUAUCAUGUCAUUUUGAUUUUGUAAGCUCAAGAGUGUGUGUGUGUGUGUGUGUGUGUGUGUGUGUGUGUGUGUGUGUGUGUGUGUGUGUGUGUGUGUGUGUGUGUGUGUGUGUGUGUGUGUGUGUGUGUGUGUGUGUGUGUGUGGUCUUACUUUGUGUACUUUGCAAGGUGGUUGGGUAGCACACGGUUUCCAUGUGUAACACACUGAAUUAAGUUACUAGCCCGUAGCUCCACUCGUAGGUAAGAGAUGUGGGCUUCUGAUGGUGACAUUUGGUACGGCCCUGGCCCAUGUGUAGAUCAGAGGACGGGAUGUCCCUAAGGAUGAAGAAUGAUUGGCGUGUCUGAGUAAAUAAAAACCAAACUAUUCUCAAACAUAAA